AUCCCCCCAUCUGCCACAGCUACUCGUACGGAGUGAGGGCCGUCGUCCAGUGCCUGCCAGCCUGGUUCCGCUUUGUCCAGUGCCUGCGACGUUACCGGGACUCCAGGCGAGCCUUCCCUCACCUGGUGAACGCUGGCAAAUACUCCACCACCUUCUUUGUGGUCACCUUUGCUGCCCUUUACAGCACUCACAGUGCCCGGAAGUACAGCGACGCCCAGAUCUUCCUGUACCUGUGGGUCGUUGCUGCAGUGACACAGUCGCUCUACACGCUCUUCUGGGACCUGAAGAUGGACUGGGGACUUUUUGACAAGAAUGCUGGGGAAAACACGUUCCUGAGAGAGGAAAUCGUCUACCCACAGAAGGCUUACUACUACUGUGCCAUAAUCGAGGACAUCAUACUGCGCUUUGCCUGGACCGUCCAGAUCUCCAUCACUGCACUGAAUCUUUUCCCAUCAGGCUCUGACAUCAUUUCCACCGUUUUUGCACCUCUCGAGGUCUUCCGGCGCUUUGUGUGGAACUUCUUCCGACUGGAGAAUGAACAUCUCAACAACUGUGGUGAAUUUAGGGCCGUUCGAGAUAUCUCUGUAGCGCCCCUCAACGCCGAUGACCAGACACUCCUAGAGCAAAUGAUGGAUCAGGAGGACGGCGUCAAGAACCGAGUGAAAAGCAAGCCUUGGAAAAGAAGCCACAGCGUUUCCAUCCGUCGUCCAAGACUCCCAUCCCAGUCAAAGACUCGGGACACCAAGGUGCUGAUUGACGACACGGAUGACGAAGCAGCCUACACCUGAGAGGUGGCCGGCAGGAAUGGAGUCAGACACGUCCUUCCAUCAUUUCAAUCCGAUCAGUCAGUCCAAUCAGUCCGGGAGCUGCCUCAGCUCAACUCGCCUACAGACUCGAAAACCGUUCCUCUCCUUGGGCUUUCUCUUCAUUAUUUUUAUAUCUCCAUUCGACUUGUUCAUGUCACUAAUCAGUUGCAAAACAGG